AUGACAGGAGAACGCUAUGAACAAAAGAAUGAUAUUCCGACGAGAAAUAAGAAAAAGAUUAAAGCAGUAACUCCAGAAAGCACGGUGAGGGAACUGAAAGUCGUCAUUGAGGAAGUUGUCAUUUCUCCACCACGCCUAGAGGCAUUAAACCUCAAGAAACCGUCCUAUCGAAAUAUGCUCAUGGGAAAAAGCUUGAUUAAUGGUUUUGAAGAGUCGGGUGAGUUCGGACCAAUUAAGAAGAAUGAAAGAUUGAUCACAGUUGGUAGCAAAGACUCAUGGCCAUCACUUACAACUUCAGAUAAGUUUAGAGGUAGCCUCAAGGUAAGAUGGUCAAACUGUUUGAUUCUAAAGUUACUUGGUAAAUCUAUAGGGUUCCGUGCUCUUGAUGAGAGAAUCAAAAGAAUGUGGAUGCCGAAGGUGGACUAUGAGUUGAUCGAUGUCGGGGAUGGUUACUUCUUAAUAAAAUUUUCAUCUCUAGAUGAUCUUUGUUUUGCACUAGAGGAAGGACCAUGGAUUAUUUAUGGCCACUAUUUGACUGUUCGAAAGUGGUUUGCCGAAUUUUAUCCGUCAUCAACUUCAAUUGAUUCUACGGUUGUUUGGGUUCGCUUCCCUAAGCUUCUCGUUCAUUAUUAUAAUGAACGCAUGUUAUUUGCCAUGGGAAAUACUCUUGGACGAGCCCUCAAAGUUGAUCCCAAUACUAGUUAUGCUUCUAAAGGAAUAUUUACCAGUGUCUGUAUUGAGAUUGAUUUUGGUAAAGCCCUUGUGCCAAAUAUCGAGAUCGAAGAAAGAUGGUAUUCUAUCGAGUACGAAGGGCUACCGAUGAUUUGA